UCAGAGGGAGGCCUGGGACGCAGAAGUCUGAAGUCCAUGAGGCUGUGUGUACUGUGUGUGCAGGGUACUGAGUUUAGCUUUAAAUAUUAGAAUUGCUGCAGCCGUCUUCACCGUAUAUGUUGUGCAUAGCAGGGUCCCCUUUGAGUAACUGGUCCAUUACACGGUCACAAUGGCAACUGCAGCAUCUGGACUGGUAAAUGUCUUGGAAUCAUACAGAGGCAGAGACAGGCUGAUGCGGACGCUGGGCUACAGCUGCCAGCUGCUGGGUGGAAUCAUUACAGUGAAGCAUGGAGAAAAGCAGCAUUGGGGAAAGAGCCUUCUUAUCGUGGCCUCACAGCUAAGCAACUGCCGGACAGUACUGAGACUCUUCGAUGACUUGUCCAUGCUCACGUAUUCUCUUCAGUAUGGUCUAGGAAAGCAGGAGGAAGAUUAUCUCAUCAGGUGGAUAUCUGUCAUAGGCAACAUAUUUGACCAGCUCUACUACCCAUGUGAGCAUGUGGCCUGGGCUGCAGAUGCUGGCGUUCUCCACACCAAGUCAGAAAAAUGGUGGACAGCCAGUACUGCCCUGUGGGGUCUUUCGCUUAUGGUGGGAAUUGUAAAAUCUUUAAGAAAUUUACUUAAGUUAAGAAGAAGCAAAGGAAAACAUUUAGGGUGUGACCCGCCAAAGAGCCGUGGUGAAAUUAAAUUCCUAAUGAAGUCAGAACUUUUGUGCAUAAUCAGCUGUUCUUCUGAUCUAAUAAAUGCCAUUCACUGGAUGCCCCCUGGUUUUAUGUGGGGUGGCUGUUCACCCACAUGGUUGGUUGGCCUGAUGGGGACUAUCUCGUCAUUGAUUGGAAUCUACCAGACUGCUGUUGGUGGAAGCUCAGCUGGAGUGUAAAGCUGGAAGCAGCAGGAGAAGCAGAUGCAGCUAACGCCACUAUGAAGCAUUUGUCUUGGUACCACAAGAAAUUAGGUGUGCUAACACUGGACUACUAUUCGGAUUUACAGUGCAUCCGGAAAGUAUUCACAGCACUUCACUUUUUCCACAUUUUGUUAUGUUACAGCCUUACUCCAAACUUGAAUAAAUUCAUUUUUUCCCUCAAAAUUCUACACACAAUUUUCCAUAAUGACGUGAAAAAAAUGUUUUUGAGAUUUUUGCAAAUUUAUUAAAAAUAAAUAACUAAGAAAUCACAUGUACAUAAGUAUUCACAGCCUUUGCUCAAUACUUUGUUGAUGAAUCUCUGUCAGCAAUUACAGCCUCAAGUCUUUUUGAAUAUGAUGCCACAAGCUCGGCACACCUAUCUUUGGGCAGUUUCGCUCAUUCCUUUUUGCAGCACCUCUCAAGCUCAAUCAGGUUGGAUGGGAAGCGUUGGUGCACAGCCAUUUUCAGAUCUCUCCAGAGAUGUUCAAUCAGAUUCAAGUCUGGGCACUGGCUGGGCUACUCGGUGACAUUCACAGAGUUGUCCUGAAGCCACUCCUUUGAUAUCUUGGCUUAGGGUCAUUGUCCUGCUGAAAGAUGAACCGUCGCCCCAGUCUAAGGCCAAGAGCUCACUGGAGCAGGUUUUCAUCCAGGAUGUCUCUGUACAUUGCUGCAUUCAUCUUUCCCUCUAUCUUGACUAGUCUCCCAGUUCCUGACGCUGAAUAACAUCCCCACAGCAUGAUGCUGCCGCCACCAUGCUUCACUGUAGGAAUGGUAUUGGCCUGAUGAUGAGCAUUGCCUGGUUUCCUCCAAACAUGAUGCCUUGCAUUCACGCCAAAGAGUUCAAUCUUUGUCUCAUCAGACCAGAGAAUUUUGUUUCUCAUGGUCUAAGAGUCCGUCAGGUGCAUUUUGGCAAACUCCGGGCUGGUUGCCAUGUGCUUUUUACUAAGGAGUGGCUUCCAUCUGGCCACACUACCAUACAGGCAUGAUUGGUGGAUUGCUGCAGAGAUGGUUGUCCUUCUGGAAGGUUCUUUUCUCUCCACAGAGGAAUGCUGUAGCUCUGACAGAGUGACCAUCGGGUUCUUGAUCACCUCCCUGACUAAGGCCCUUCUCCCUCGAUCGCUCAGUUUAGACGUCCAGCCAGCUCUAGGAAGAGUCCUGGUGGUUCCGAACUUCUUCCAUUUACGGAUGAUGGAGGCCACUGUGCUCAUUGGGACCUUAAAAGCAGCAGAUGUUUUUCUGUACCCUUCCGCAGAUUUGUGCCUCGAGACAAUCCUGUCUCUGAGGUCUACAGACAAUUCCUUUAAUUUCAUGCUUGGUUUGUGCUCAGACGUGCACUGUCAAGUGUGGGACCUUAUAUAGACUGGUGUUUGCCUUUCCAAAUCAUGUCCAAUCAACUGAAUUUACCACAGAUGGACUCCAAUUAAGCUGUAGGAACAUCUCAAGGAUGAUCAGUGGAAACAGGAUGCCCCGGAGCUCAAUUUUGAACUUCAUGGCAAAGGCUGUGAAUACUUUUGUUCAUCUGAUUGCUUCGUUUUUUUAUUUUUAAUAAAUUUGCCAAAAACGCUUAAACAUUUUUUUCACGUCGUCAUUAUGGGGUAUUGGUGCUAAUUCUGACCUGAUCGCUAGGCUACGUUUUCAUAUAGCGGGCGAUCAGGUCUAAACUGCGCGUGCGUAUGCACCGCAAUGCGCAGGCGCGUCGCACGGUUACAAAGUGGAUCGCCGCUCAGCGAUGGGUUUGUGCAAAGGAUCCAUUCGCACAGGCGUUCUCAAGGAGAUUGACAGGAAGAAGGUGUUUGUUGGUGUCAACUGACCAUUUUCUGGAAGUGUUUGGAAAAACACAGGCAUGUCCAAGCGUUUACAGGGCGGGUGUGUGACGUCAAUCCCGACCCUGAACAGGCUGAAGCGAUCGCAGCGGCUGAGUAAGUCCUGGGCUACUCAGAGACUGCAUAAGAUCUGUUUGUACAGCUCUGGUACACAUGUGUUCGCACACUUGCACAGCUAAAAUACACUCCCCCUGCAGGCGGCGACUAUCUGAUCGCAGCAGUGCAAAAAUCGCCUGCUACCCAUCAGGUCGUAAUUAGGCCCAUUGUGUGUAGAAUUUUGAGGGGGAAAAAAUGUAUUUAUUCAGUUUU